AUGUAUAUUACUGUACUUAUUAGAGUUACUAUUUUACAAUACAAUAGUAAAAUAGUUCCAUACGUGGAGAUGUCUGCCGCUCACGGUUCUGUUCUAACGAUACUGGCGAUAAGUUUCGAACGUUAUUAUGCCAUAUGUCAACCAUUAAAAGCUGGUUACACGUGUACAAAAGUACGAGCAAUGAUUAUAAUACUUACAAUAUGGAUGGUAGCAUUAACGGUAACCAGUCCAGUACUGAUUUUUACCGAAUACGACUUCGAAAGCUAUUUAGACGGAAGUAUGGUUCCAGUUUGCUUAACUCUAGUUCAGACAUUCUGGCAAAGAAUUUAUUUCUUUAUCAUCGUUUUCACAUUUUUUGCAAUACCUUUAUUUAUACUUCUAAUAGUUUAUACAUACAUUGCUAGGCAUUUAAUGAUGGAUACGAGUGAACUCUCUUCUUCUUCUGAAAGACUUCAAAUGAGAGCCAGAACUCAAGUGGUUUUUAUGCUGAUUGCAGUUGUUCUAAGUUUUUUCUUUUGUCUCCUGCCUUUCAGAAUUUUUAUCAUUUAUGUCAUGUUAACAUCAUCGGAGCAAUUACAGUCAUUAGGUAUGGAAGCUUAUUAUUGUUUACUGUAUUUCUGCAGAUUGAUGUUGUACACAAAUUCUGCUUUAAAUCCUAUCUUAUACAAUGUUAUAUCAUCGAAAUUUAGAGAAUCAUUUCUUAGAUUAAUUGGGUGGAAAGUGAAAAGACAUUUAAGCCAUACGGUGAGCCAAAAAUUUAGAACUUCUGUUUCGGGUACCAGAAGUAGUUUGAUAAGUGGAUCGACUCAAUCUAGUCAAAGUGGUUCGCACGUAAUUCUUAUUCUGUCCAAAAAUUCACCCAAAAAGAAUAUAAAACACGUUUAAUACAUUGAAAAAUUAUCAUUAGUUAAUUUUACA